AUGUUCAACCCACCCAAACUUCACAAGCACGACUGGUUCAUGACCAUGGUAACCACGCUGCUCGAGACGUCGGUGAAAGGCGGCGGCAAACCCGACAAAGACCUCGGCGGGAUCGGCGACCAUCCCUCGUCGGGUCUGUACGGCCCGAACGGCACGUUCGACGGGGGCGGCGGUGGCGGCGACGGCCCGUUCAACUUCACCGUCAAGCGGGCGCUGGACGUGAUACUCGACAACCAGCUGAACGUGGACAAGGUGCUGGUGCUGUACCUGGAGGUGGCCAUCGUGGUCGCGUACGGCGUGCUGUUCGUCAUCGGGCUCGUGUCCAACGGUCUGGUGUGCUUCGUCGUGUUCCGGCAGUGCGGCAAGAAGAACGUGCCCAGCCAGGGACCGUCUCCGCGCAACCUGUACAUCGUCAACUUGGCGUUCGCCGACAUCAUCAUGUGCGUGGUGUGCAUGCCGUUCACGCUGUGGGCGCUCAUGUCCCGCCGCUGGACAUGGGGCCUGAUCAUGUGCAAGACUGUGCCGGCCGCCCAGGGCGCCAACAUAACCGUGUCCGCGUGUACCAUAACCGCCAUCGCUCUAGACAGGUACUUCACGAUCGUCCGGAAUCCCCGGGGUUCGGUGUUCCGGUGCAGCGUUGCCAAGACGUUGGUACUCAUCUGGGUAGUGUCGUUCGCGGCCAUGGUGCCGCUGCUAUUGUACCAGAACGUCGAGGAGGUGCACGUCGGACCCAUUCGGCUGUACGAGGCGUGUGUUGAGAAAUGGCCAAACCGCGUGGCCCAACAGACGUUCACCGUCGGCCUGGCGGUCGCCCAGUUCGUGUUGCCGUUCACCACCAUAUCGCUGAUCCAUCUGAAGAUAUCGUCCUAUCUCACAGUGCAUCUCAAACACCCGGCUAUCCCGUCCAAGGAGAUCAACUGCAGACGAGUGCGGAGGGAGCUGAGCCGGAACAAGCGGACCAUGUGGAUACUGUCGUCGAUCGCUGUGGUGUUUGCGCUCAGCUGGCUGCCACUGACGCUGUUCACGUUGCUCGUCGAGUUCCAACCGCAUCUGAUCGACUCGUCGGACGUCCUGUACAAGGCUUUCGCGAUCGUUCACAUGAUGGCCAUGUCGACCACGUGCACAAACCCGCUGCUGUACGGCUGGCUCAACACCAACUUCCGGCGGGACAUUUCCGGUAUAUGCCGGCAGAUGUGGUACUGUUGCGGCGACCAGAAACCGCCGCCCAGGCGCAGGCGGUACCCGUCCGUGGCCACCGACUACCGCGGCCCCAACGACCGGCGGCUGGGCCUGGGGUCCGAGGCGGCCGGCGGGUGCGGUGGUGGCGGUGGUGGCGGGGGCGGGGGUGGCGGUAGCCGACGGCACCAGAUGCACCACGACCCCGAGACCACCGGCAUGUCGAUGGUGGUCAAGAGCGACCGGCGGUUCAGCACCAGCUAUCUGACCACGCUAACCACGGUCACGUCCAGGUCGCAACCGGGUUCCAGCAUGGGCCGCGUCGAGAACGUCUAGAGACAGUAUGAUUAUAUUACAUAUAUAAUCGUCGAUGAUUUACUAUAUUACAAUAAUAAUUAAUAAUAACAAUAAUAAUAUUAUAUAUCACCACUUGCAAGUAGUCCCUCGUUUUGGUGGGGCGUGUGGGCCACGAGUUCGUAUAUUAUUUGUUAUUGUUGUUGUUUAAGGGGAAAAAAAUAUUACGACGACUUUAUUGUUUAAAUCUUUAAAUGACGACAAUUAUUAAUAUGUUGGACUAACCACAGAGACUGAGUCAGGUUCGGAGCUACAACCUCUGACGUGUUAUAUUCCUUGUAUCGCAUUCUGAUUGGCCGCUGUAAUCGUGGGAUAUCGUCCGCUAACCAUGAUCUAUCGCGAUUUGGACCGAGCUCAACUUUUGGACACGACACGACAGACUACGUAGCUGUGAACCCGUCUUUACGCAUUGAGAGCACUAACCACGGUAUAGUAAUACGCUGUAAACAGGUCACUGGAUAUUUGCCGGUAACCCGAGCGCAAACUGCUCAAGUACCGGCUAAAUGGUGCUAACGGGUGUAUUAUUUUUUUAUUGUAAUACUAAUAUGUAAUUAUCAUUCCUAAAAUUUGUCAGGAAACGAAAUUAUUGUGUACAAGUCCGGGCCCACCCACAAUUUAUUUUUGAGGCUGUGCGUACAUCCCAUUUUAGUGCAGUUAUACCGGAAUUUAGGAUUGGCACAAAUAGGUUCUAGAAUACGUUCUAUAAUAUAUACAGGACAAUUCACCAAGCAUGCCCCCCUGCCCCCUCAUAAUUUUUCAUUUAAAUAAUGCAUUAUUUAUUUAAAAUUCUAAUUUUCGGAAUCUAAAACAUUACACUAAAAUACCAUAUUUUUUAUUACUGAGAUUAUCUAUAAAUUAUUUAGCAAAUCUUUACUUUAGAAUUUUUAUGUAAAUAAAUUUAAAUUCAAUCGUGUAGUUUCCUAGUUUUUGGACAUUAAGCACUUAGGAUAAUAAUCAAUAAUAAUAUGUUUAAAGAUAUAGAUACCCAAAAUAUUAUUAUACUAUUAUUCUCAGUAUAAAUAUAUUAAUAACUCAAAAAUUACUCGUUUAAAAUUUUAUUUAGAUACAUCAACCGUUUCAAAAAAAAAUAUGUACUUCACAAUUUACUGUAGAAAAAAGAGGUUUUCAGGUGAAAAACAAAAAUUUGUAUUUCUACAAGUCACUCCUAAUAUGAAACAAAAAAUCUAAGUAUUAAAAAUAUGGUUUGCUUGGUGAAUAAUUGUAUAUACAACCCGAGAGAAAAUGCGAAGUAAUAGUUGUUACAUUGUUUUUUGAAAUUUUGAUUAUUCAACUUCUGUACAAUUUAUUUAACACUCUUGUACACACUUCUUG